GAAGCCAUGAAGCCAAAGAGAAGUGAGAGAGAAACUGAGGCAGGACGAAAGUGAGACAGAAAAAGAGAGCGAGGGAGAGAGAGAGAGAGAGAAAUGGACGAAGGGGGAGGGAAGGAUUGAAGGACAGAAGGAAGGUGAUGUCAGCUGAGUUCAGAAAGUAAACAGAGUUCCAGACUGCAGCAUGCUGUCUGCGGGACGGGGUCUGCAGCUGGGGCAAGCCCACAGGGGCACCCGCACAAUCCCCUGGACAAGCACCUUUAUCUCUGGGAAGGUGGGCUGGCUCCUCUUCAUUUCCCUCUUUAUCUUCAUCUCCUUGCCCCGAGGGACAGCGUGGCCCUACGAUUACAGGUACUUGUACAAUCACUGUCCCGGUCCAGAAUGGAACGUUAUGUGCAGAGGCUGCUGCGAGUAUGACGUGAUCCGCUGCAGGUGCCCCAUCCAGGGGACUCCGGUGGGCUAUGCAGUACCCUGCUGCCGCAACGCCAUCAACGAGUGUGAUCCCUGCAUCAUCCAUCCAGGUUGCAGUAUAUUCGAGAACUGUAAGCGCUGUAACAAUGGUACAUGGGGCCCCAGGGACGACUUCUUCAUCAACGGCAAAUUCUGCGCCGAGUGUCGGCCCGGCUGGUCUGGUGGAGACUGCAUGAAGUGUGGGGGAGUGAUCCGUAAGAGGCAAGGCCACCUGGUGCUGGAGAGCUACCCCAACAAUGCAAGGUGUGAGUGGACCAUACAGGUGGACAGGCCAUUUACCAUAGAACUCAGGUUUAUGAUGCUGAGUCUGGAGUUUCACCAUUCCUGUCACUACGACUACGUCGAGGUCCGAGACGGAGACAGUAUCAACUCUCGCGUCAUCGGCAGAUUCUGUGGGAACAGCAGGCCUGCUCCGGUGCAGAGCUCCGGCAACAGUUUGCACAUUCUCUUUGUCUCGGACGGUUACAAGAAUUUUGAUGGAUUCUUCGCCACUUUCCAGGAAAACUCGGCUUGCAGCUCCUCCCCCUGCCUGCAUGACGGGACUUGCAUCCUGGACAGUUCUUACACUUACCACUGCGCCUGUCUGGCUGGCUACACAGGCCAGAGGUGUGAAAAUGUGGUGGGAUGCCGCAGGCCUCCAGUGCCCACGCACGGAUCUACAGAGGGUCUUUUCCACCAUUCUGGCGCACGCAUCACUUUCCGCUGUGACCCCGGGUUUGAGCUGCGGGGGCUUCGUACUGCCAUCUGCCUACGCGAUGGUACCUGGAGUGCCCCUGCCCCAGACUGUGUGCCAGUGGAAAGAGUGUGUGCUCUGCCACCUAAGCCAACACACGGGGACCACUUCUUGGUUUACGGACCCAACGAUGUCCUGAUUGCGCUACAGUACCUGUGCCACCAACCGUAUGAACUCACCGGGGUCUCUCAGAGAACCUGCCUCCCUAACAACACCUGGAGUGGGAGCCCUCCGGUUUGCACCAAAGUGAACAACACACUUACUGAAGCAGAAAAAGACAAAGUAAAAGAGACUGAAAUCAUCAAAGAAAUAGAUAUAUACACUGACAAAGAUAUCAGUAAGGAAGUAGAUAUAUACACUGACAAAGAUGUCAGUAAGGAAGUAGAUAUAUACACUGACAAAGAUAUCAAUAAAACAAAAGGGGAAGAGGAAGGGAACACAACUGGAGAAAAUGAAAGUGUCGGAGAGAAAGGUACAAACUCUGGGCAGGACAAUACAACAGCUGUUGAUGGAGAAGAUAAAGACAAUGGGACAAUUCCAGAGAAAACUGCAGCUGAAGGUGGGAAUGAAUCAAAGCCAGAGGAAAAACACACUGAGUCAGAACAACCGGCUGGGGGCACAAAAGAUAAAGUCGACAGCACCGAUAACAGCUUGAACACAGUUGAAAAGAAAGAGCCGGAGUUGCCGAAGCCACCCGAGAAAAAAGAGGGCAGCCCAGACACACAUCUGGAGACAGGAAAGACAGACAAAACAGCUGUGAUAAAAGACAAAGGACAAGAGGAGAAGGAAAGAAAAGAGGAGCAGGUCAACGGGAAAAAAGAUCCGGAUAAAGUCGGCCCCAAUGACACCAAGCUGAGGACGGUCAUAUCUGAGGGGGAAAACACAGUGGAGAUAUUUGAGGUGGAAAUGACAAAGAACAACACGGUCCCGCACGAUAACAAGCCCACAAAGGAAGAAAACAACACCAUCGGGUCUCCAGCGCCAGGGAGAACCGUGCUCACUCGGGUCAACGUCACGCAGUACACUGUGUACAGAGCAGGCGUGGAACCAAAGAAGGAGAAGGACGAGGCAGAGGAGGACCCUGUUGAGAAAACAAAGGAAGAGACGGAGAGGACGAGGGAGGAGAAAGAAAAGGAAAAGGAGAGGGAAGUCAAUCAAAGCGUCGCUGAUACAAGCUGCCCGCCUCUGCCUCGCCUCUACCACGGCUACCACCAGGCGGUGCCAGGGCUGGAGUCUGAAACGGUGGAGUUUAUGUGUAACCACUCUUACGCUCUCAGUGGGGACGCCCGACGUACCUGCCAGCCAGAUGGCACCUGGAGCGGAAAACAACCCCUCUGUGUCCGAGCGUGUCGUGAGCCCAAAGUGUCAGAGCUGGUUAAGCAAAGAAUUUUGCCACCUCAGAUACCAUCCAGAAAGACACCUGUUCACAAGCUCUACUCCUCUACGUGGAGCCAACAGCUCCAGUCCAGCGGCCCCACUAAAGCCCCCCCGACGCUUUCCCAGCUGGCCCCUGGUUUCCACCACCUUUACACGCAUAUAGAGUAUGAGUGUGCGUCCCAGUUCUACCACCACUCCGGCAGUUCUCGUCGUACCUGCUUGAAGACGGGGAAAUGGAGCGGGCGCCACGUCUCUUGUUCACCAGUGUGUGGGAAGCAUCCCACCUUUGACCCAGAGAGGCCAGAAGAGGCUCACUGGCCUUGGCUGGCAGCCAUCUACCGCCGCUCCGCCAAGGGUACAGAGACCAAGGUGACCAAGGCAGACAGCCAGCAUGGGUCCCUGAAGAAGGAUGGCGGAGCAGGAGCUGGCAACCACAAUCAGGCUUCCGACUGGCAACUGGUCUGCAGCGGGGCUCUGGUUAACCAGAGGAGCCUUGUGGUUGCGGCUCACUGUGUGACCGAGUUGGGUAAAGUGUACCCUCUGAAUACAGCCUCGGUUAAAGUGGUGGUGGGGAAGCGUUACCGCGAUGACCUCAGAGAAAGUAAAGGUCUUCAACACCUGAGGGCGGCCUCCAUUGUUGUUCAUCCAAACUACGACCCCAACAUUCUCGACUCUGACAUCGCCGUGAUCAAGUUGCUGGACAAAGCGAGGAUCGGGGAGAAAGUCUUGCCCCUCUGCUUGUCGGAAAACCAAGAAGAAGACGUGAGCAGCAGUCAAGGGCUUGUGACGGGCUGGUCCCCGCUUCCCGAUUCAAGUUUGGGGCCCGACGAGAAGGCGAGGGUCGGGCUGGUUCGCCUCGCUGAUGUGGUCCCGUGUGAGCAUCAGUACGCCCGAAACGGUGUCCCCGUCAGUGUUACAGACAAUAUGCUCUGCGCGAGCCAAAAACCUGACUAUGGCUCGUCUAACAUAUGCCCCUCUGACACUGGGGGAAUCCUUGUCCUCCCUGCCCUCUCCGAGAACCAAGCCGACAACAACCAGAAGCCAUCUUCCAGCGUUACACAGAAGCAAGGGGAGGGCAAAGGGCUGUGGAGACUCCUGGGACUUGUGAGCUUUGGCUAUGACCAAGGGGAGUGUGAUCCUGACCUCUACACAGUCUACACACGUGUAGCCAACUUCAAAGACUGGAUUGAGAGCAAUAUGAAAUAAUAAAAAAAAACUUACAGUCCUCUCUGUAAUCUUCAUCCGCGUAUUCAUUCUGUCAGAUUUUUUUAUUUUAUUUUUUAUUUGUCAUAUGCACAAGGGCAUUUUCUUACUAAAUACGGAAGCAACACUGGACAACACAGUGCUCUUACUGAAGGUGGUGCUAACACAUCAGAUGUGCUGAGCAUCAGUCUUUUCAUCUGAAGACUUCAGCGUUCAGGUUACAGACUUGAAGAUGACCAGAAAACCAAAUCAGCCGAGCAUCGGGCUGAAGACGGUUCGGAUUGUACUCAUUGUUAUGUAUAUAUGCUGUAAUGUACUGUAUUAUUAUAUCAAUUGGUAUGGCUCAAGAGAUGUACAUAUUGUAUUAAAAUGACAAAAAAAUGUUUUUAAUUAAAGGAAAUGUGGGUGCGGUAAA